AUGCAACCUGGUGUCCGCUCGACUUUACAGGGACAAGAGGCUACUAUCGAGAAAUCAGCCCCUCCUGGACAUGUGAAGGUACCUCCACGCCUGCCGAUGGCCUUGAUUUCUCCUGAAGCCUCUGUGGAAUCUGGGCAUCGCACAGGGGUUGAUGCGUCUGCACAUCAUAUGCCAGGAACAUCAGCCACUUUGAGGAUGCCUGAUACCGCAGGAAGUCUGGAUGUAGCUGAGAGUGGAGGAGUUUCUGAUGGCCCUGGGGCUACCGGUGCGUCUUGGAGAUCUGCUGUCGCUCCCGUGUCUGUGGAAUCUAGUUCCUCCCUGGUUCUUCAAACAUCAAUUCCCCCGUUGGUAUCGCAAUCUCGCCCUGCUUUGGCGACCUACAGUGGAGCCUCUGGCUUCGUGGGAAUGUCAUUGCCAUCAAGCUCUGUGGUUGCUUCUCGACCAGUGGAUACUACAAGUAACCAGCAUGCAUCGGGUCCAUUAGACACGUCUACUGGUGCGGAGACGCCAAGCUUGACAACAAUAGUGGAACGUUCCCUCAUAUAUCAACCCAUACCUGUACAGGGGUCUGGCCACCACGAAUUGGGUCAGAGAGAGGUCGGUCCCGCUUCCACUGAAAAUUCUGGCUGGACGCUGGCGCCUGUUGGAGAGUCCUUAGUGCGGCAAUGGAGGGACCGGCAACCACCGCAAGGUUCCUUGGCAUGGGUUGCUGCUGCACCUAGAACUCAUGUUGAGUUGGGUGAGGCUUGGCCAGGUGACCCAACAAAGCAUGGCCUUUGGGGUCCGAAUGAACAUGGUAUUCCUCUCUCGCAGCCUGCGCUACCUAGGGCGACGCGCCGACCCCUUUUUCAGGGGCCUCCUUUUGCUCAGCUAUAUGCUUCGAGGGAGAGUUCGGGAGGCGUGGCUGUUGGCCCCAGCAUUUGGUCUUCGGAAGGCUCAACAAGCAGCGAAGGAGCAAUGCGGCUUUGGACUGGGGGCCCUGGCACUCCGUUGCAGCUGUUACCAGCACUCGGGCGGGGGAGUCUGGCGAACAGCCGCUGGGACGUUUCUCUACAGAGACCUUCGGGGCUCGGAAGAUCUGGGCUUCCAUUCAAGGGUGUGCCUGUAGGAGAGCCAAAGGGAGCGCUACAAGAGACAAAUGCAACUAGAGCGGCAGGCGUAGCGCAAACUCUAUUUUCUCCGGCUUCUGCAGGGUUUGGCCAAGGCCUGCAUUCAUUUCGAGCCUCCGGCACCGAUUCUGAUGGGCGCUAG